AAGUUAAGAGAUUAUCAUGGCAGGAUUAAGAGCAACGAUGUCAAACGAGUGCCUAAAUUCAAGCAAAUGAUACUUGUGUGUUUGUAACGUUAUAACUCACUGAAAUGGCAACAGGAGUUGUAGGCUUUUCUCCUGAAAGCCAAGGAAUCCAGUUCACAGCUAGACCAGCACUUCGCACCAGAGAUGCAAUUGGUCCUCGGUCCUUAUCACGGGCUAGUGGAUCAUCAUUAGCCUCUAAUUCUGGUUUUUUUCCGGGUGGGGAUGGUGGUGAACUGAGCCGUUUGUCUACACAAAAAUUAACAAGCAUCGAAGUAGAAGCAGCUUUAAGAGGAAAAGUUCAAAAAAAGUUUGAAAGCCUCAAACAAGCCUUCAGAAUUUAUGAUGUUGAUGAAAAUGAGACAGUCACUAAGGGAGAAUUUCGGAGAGUAUUAGAGACAUACUGCAUGCCUUUAACCUCUGAACAAUUUGAUUCUAUUGUUGCCAAGUUGAGAAGUGCACAUGGAGGGACAACCAUUAAAUAUUUGGAUUUCCUUACCAAGUUCUCUGGUUAUGAUGCUGGUAACAAAAACAGAGAUUCAAGAUCUAGUCAAUCUGAUCCAAAAGAAAUCAACAUGGAUAUGAUAGAAAAACUUUUAAGAGAUAAGAUUAAUACAAAUCUACGUUCAGUAGUCAAAGGCCUUCAGUUGUUAGAUUUUAACAUGGAUGGGAAAAUUCAGCGGCAUGAGUUGCGCAGAGUUCUGGAAAAUUGUUGUUUUAGAUUUACAGACCAACAGUUUGAAAAGUUGUGGCAAAGAUAUGACUAUCACCACACAGGUCUAAUCAACUACCGUGAUUUUCUCCAGAAACUUGGUAUAAAUGUAAAGAAUGGCAAUGCUGUGCCGUCAUCCAAUACAGUAGCAGGAGUUCUGAAAUGGCCUAAAGUUACUACACCACAUAAAGGAGCCAGUGAGCAGCUCAAAUCUCAACAAAAGGAGGAUGAGAAACUGAUUCGCUCUUUGACGUUUGAUCAGAUUGAAAUCGAAUUCAGAAAUAGGAUGAGAUCCAACUAUGCAAAAUUAAAGAAAGCCUUCAUGACAUUUGACAAACACUUGGAUGGCUAUGUAUCCAUAGAAGAUUUGAAGUCCAUCUUAAAUAGUUUUACUAUUCCUAUGAAUGACCAGUUGUUUGUACAGUUGAUGGACAGGUGUGGUAUUAAAGCCAGUGGAAGAGUUUCAUGGGAGAUCUUCUUAGAAAAAUUUCAGAACCCAAUCACAGUGGGGAAUGGCCAGUCCUUACCCAUCAGGCCAAACUACAAAAUUCAUCCUAUAAUGGAGACUCAAAAAGUGGUUGACUGGGACACCAUAUGGAGUCAGUUAUACAAAAGAGUUCAGUCUCACUACAACAGUUUUAAGGAAGCAUUUUUACAGAUGGACAAGAAUAGAGAUGGCAAGGUCACAAGAAAAGAGUUUAGAGAACUUGUAGAGAAAUUUACAUUUCGGCUGGAUGACAAGCAAUUUAAAGCACUUAUGUCACGCAUUGAUCCAGAACACACAAAUAGCAUUGACUACCAUACAUUCCUUAGACUGUUUGAAGAGAAAGAAACAAAGGAAGGUCACAAAUGGUUGAAGUCUGUCCACAGAUACAAUUCUAAACCUAAACCAGCAAUACUAGCUUGGGAAACAGUUGAAGAUCUGCUGAGAGAAAAAAUUACCUAUUACUGGAAAGAUGUUUCUGAUUGGCUGACAUAUCAUGAUCGUAGAGGUCAAGGCUACUUGUCCAAGAGCACACUCAAGAAAAUUCUUGAUAUGCAGGUUUUACCAAUAUCUGAUGAUCAUUUUGAAAACUUGAUAAGCAGGUGUACAAAUUUCAAAGAUGGAAAAGUGAGUUACAUGGAAUUUUUAAACCAACUUGGUGUAGAUGUGUCACCAGGAGAUGUUGCAGGACUAAGCACACAAAUCACAGAUGGGAGCAAAAAUGCCGAAAUAUUGAGAAACAUUGAUCUCAUGAACAGGCAUGAUCAAAUGGCAUUGUCACAGUGUUACAGAACAAGUCAGAUGAGUGCUGAUGAGGUCAUAUCAAGAUUUAAAGACAAAAUGGCACAGUGGUCUCCAGCUCUUCGUAAAGUGUUUACUUCUUGUGAUAAGCAGAAUAAAGGACAUAUAUCUAAGAAAGAAUUUAGAAUGAUCCUUUCUGAUUUAGGUAUUUUGAUGUCAGAUGAGCAGUUCUCUGAGCUCAUGCUCAAGCUGAACAUGCACAAUGGCCACAUGAACUACAUGGAUUUCAUCCUAAACUUUGGUGACCCUCGUCACCCAGAUUCAUCACCUGGUGUUGUGGAACAUCUCAAAAAUCACAGGGUCAACCCAAUCAGAGGGGACGAAUAUGGGAUGUCAGUUACAGAAGUGGAGACCAAGUUACAGCAGAAACUAAGAGAAAAUUUCACUAACUUAAGGGAAGCAUUUUACAAAUUUGAUGAUCUACAUAGAGGAUGCCUUGAUAAAUCAAGCUUCAGGCGAAUGCUGGAUUCUUUCAUGAUUAUAACAUCUGAUGCAGAAUAUGAGAAGCUUUGUCAAAGGCUGGGCAUAAGCAAAGAUAGUCGGAUUAGCUAUGUGGAGUUCCUUGAGAGGUUUGAGCUGAAAGAUAAACCAGAGGGUCACAAGUGGUUGAAUUCUGUGCACAGAUUCAAUGAAACUUUGGUACCCAAACCAUUUUCUGCAACAGAAGCACACAAAGUUCUAGCUCAAAAAGUAUUUAGGCAAUGGAAUGAUCUUUCAAAGGCUUUUCGCUCCAUAGACAGUAAGGGCAAUGGAAUUAUUACAAAACAGGAGCUGAGAGAGACACUAAAUAAAUUUGUCAUGCCCAUGCAGAAGGAAGAAUUCAAAAAUUUAUGGAAGAGACUAGACGCUGAUAUGAAAGGUUAUAUCUCACAUCAAGACUUUUUAGAAAAGCUGGGAACAGCAGAGUUUGCAACUGCUGAUAAUGGUCCUAGCAGUAAUAUCAUUUCUGGAAAUCGGCAGUAUAUGGAAGAACAUCAGCGACAACAGCAAGAGAAACAUGAAAAUAUUACUUGGAAUCAAGCCAAUCUGACAAUGAACAUGCCUGCAGUGAUUGUUGAAAGGCAAUUAAGGGAUAAAAUUCGUGACAGCUACUCAGAUUUCUACAGUGCAUUUCGUAAGUAUGACACUCAGAAGUGUGGAUCCCUCUCUGCUAAUGAUAUUCAAAGAGUUUUGAAUGAUCAGCAUUUUUUUAUCAGCGACGAACAGUUCUUUGCCCUGUUGAACAGAAUUGGCCUAACAACAUCCCAAAGCCGCAUCAAUUAUGCUGAUUUCCUAAAUGCUUUUGAAGAUGGUAGAAAGUCAAGCUAUGGGCAACAACCCCAGGAUAUUAAAAUUGAGGAAUAUCGCAAAUUGAGCCCAGAACAGGCUGAAAAACGUUUGAAGCAAAAAUUACAAGCAAACAUUGAUGAUGUCACUAAGGCUUUUGCAGCUUUUGAUAAAGACAGCUGUGGGAAAAUAUCUGUCGAAGACUUCCAUCGUAUUCUGGAUUUGUUUUGUUUUGUGAUGACUGAGCCACAGUGGAAACACAUCAAAGCUGGACUCACUAUUGGAGCAGAUCAGUGUGUCAGCUAUAAUACUUUUUUGUCAGCAUUUGCUUCAAAUGAUGCUGACAUCAAUGACCAGUAUUUACAAUCUCUACAAGCUACAUUCCCACUUAGUUCAUCUCCCUUGAUCAAAUCAGAUGAAGUUGUCCAGAGGAUUCAUGAGGCUGUAGUUUCACAUUACCACAAUAUACUUAGAGACUUUGAGAGUACAGACUUUGCAAAAAUUGGUUCAGUCACACAGGAAGACUUGAGAGAGGUUAUAGCAAGAAACAUAAUGAGACUGAAUGAUGAACAGUUUAACAGGCUGUGUGAGAUAAGUCCUGUAAAUGAGUAUGGCAAUGUUGACUACAAGGAAUUCAUGAGGUUGUUUUUUGAAGGGAUGCCCAAUACGACAGACCCAAAUCAACUGCCACCAAUCAAAUCGACAAAUCAAAAAUUUAAUUUUGAUCAAAAUAGACCAUCAACUUCGAUGUCACAGCGACCGUAUUCUCGGGCUAGCAAUCGUCCAUUCUCAAGAUUAACUCGAAGUGUUAGUUCAAGAUCCGGAUUUAGAUCUGCAACACCUUUGGUGAAUGCUGAAUCUGCAGAAUUUCAAAUAAAGGAUGUAGUGUUCCGUAACUGGCAUGAGAUGCAAAAAAGAUGUAGAGAAAUGGACAUCAGCAAUUCAGGGUCAAUAAGUGUGGAUCAAUUUGAAAACCUUUUGGGCCAGUAUGGAGUUUACCUUGACCCCCAAGAAUUCAGCAACUUGGUGACCAAAUAUGAUUUGAAUGAAAAUGGAAGAUUCUGCUACAGUGACUUUAUCAGACACUUCCUUCUGACUGUAAAAUCUACAGGAUCAAAAGUAAUGUCCAACAGAGAAAAAAUGCCAGCUAGGCAAUUACAUAAGCAAAACUCUGCUAUUGAAGAAGAGGAUGAUUCUGAUGAUGUCAUCAGACGAACAAGAGAAUGUAUUGGUCAAAACUGGAAAAAAAUGAGACGUGAAUUCCAAAAUGUUGACACAAAGAAUCAAGGUACUGUGUCCAGUGAUGAGUUUAGACGAGUACUGAAGCAGUUUAAUAUCAAUGUAUCAGAAAUGGAGUUUCAGCAGCUUCAAGAAAAAUAUGAAAAGGAUUAUGAGUUAGUCAACUACAAUGAUUUCUUAAAAGAUCACCUAAUAUGAAUUAGGUCAUCCAAGAAACUGCUCAUCGUACAAGAAAUCAGAUAAAUUUAUGUAAACUGAAAAUAAACAUUUAGAAUAUUAGCAGAUUGAAAAUGCACUAAAAUUAAGUAAAACAGAAGUUUCUUUCUUUAGAUAUAAUAAAAGCGUAUUGAAAGAUUGAUUUUUUAGUGCAUUUAAAAGCUUGAUAUAAUCAUUAAUUUUAUACUUGUUUAUUCAAAGAGAUACAAGUCAAUCUUAUCUUUUGAAAAAGAUUAAGAUUCCUCUUUAGCCUUAGCAAUUCAUUGGGCAGAUGAAGUAGGGUUCAUAUGUUUCUUGACCUCAUCAUAUGAAAGGAUAAUGUCAUCAGCACUAUAUCAAGCCGCCUCUACUUUCCCUAAAACAAUUACUACGAUUUUUGUUCAGUCAUCUAAAAUUAAUUCAACACACAAAAAAUAUUUGCUAUCAACCCAAUUAGUAGCUUGCAAUAUAUUAUAAUGCUAGAUGAGUAUAACCUUCCUUUAUUUUAGCAUUUGCACCUCAACUGUAAGAGAUUUAAAAACUGCAUUCAUUUAACACCACUUGACUAUCAAGCGAUCUCUACCACCUAGUUCUCUCACCAUUCAUUGUAUAUAGGAAUCUUUAAACUAAUUUAAUACCAAAUUAGAUUAAAGAUUAGAUUUUAUUUAGAUGUCCUAUGUGAUGCAUUUAUAUGCAAAAUUUGAUAAAAAUCACAACAGUAGAAAAUGUUCAAAAUUAAGUUAACUUACAGAUGUGAAAAAAAAAAUAGCCUUUCAAUUUUCAUUGUUGCCAUAUUGUGUUAAUAUUAAGUUUUUUCUUGCACUUUAAAAUUAAACCACUUCAAGCACACAUUGAAAAUGUAAUCAACUUCUAUUGGUUAAGUCAAAUGUUGAAAAAAAUUAAGUUUUUAGCUUUACCUUCAACAAUUUGUUAAGGAUAUUUGUGCAUGAUUUAAUAAUGCUUCCAGAGUAAAUCUGUCUCAGUGUUGAUUUACUAACACAUUUAAGCUAGACUUAAUUUUCAGCAUUAGACAAUAAUUUAAUCAGUAUUAAUUUUAUUUGUAUUGUACAGUAUUACCAAUUUAUUAAUCCACUGAUGUUCAUAUUUAGAAUGUUUUUACCAAGGACUAUAACAUUUUUUUCAAUCAUCACUGCUGAUAUUUUGCAUUCAUGUAUAAAUCAAAUAUAUGUACUGUUUUUGGUGAAUUUUCUUAAUAAAUC